AUGCACAACGCGAGUUACCCGUAUGGUCACGCCCGUAUUAUUAUUAUUAUUAUUAUUAUUAUUUAUUCA